AUGUCUUGGAAAGAGAAGUUACGUCGUUCAUCAACAGAAAAAUCUUCGCCACCAUCAUCGUCAAUUAGAAAAGGAGGUAUCGAGCUUUCGAAUUCAUUCGUUCCCAACGAAAUCCAAGAGAACACUAUUUCAACCCCAUCGUCAACCUCGACAGUUCAUCCACUACAACCAGUUGCUUCUUUCUCCGCCUUAGGUACCUCUGCUCAACAGUGGGCAUAUCAGAGAGGUGCCCAAUCAGCACUAGCAACUACAGAUCAAAUUGAAGCUGAUAUACGAGAGGCUAGAAAUAUCAUCGCUAAUUAUUCUAUCGAAUCCUUAGAACUCUUGCAUCUCGUUGAUCGUUGGAUUCAGCAACUUCUGAACGAAUUUCUACAACAACGCGAACAUUUCAAACAUCAAUUGAUGGAAAUAUGGGCGAAAGAAGAUCUGACAAGUACUCAAUACGAUGACAACGAACGACUACGAAAAGUUUACACGGCAUUAAUUCAAUUAGAAAAGGCUCGUGAUGGUAUUCUCUCACGCGACUCUUUCGACGAAUUAUACAAUUUUCUCGGCAAAAUCAAUGACAAUAACUUCUCCGAAAUGAAAGAAAAGUUCAAUUCAGUGCUUGAACAUUAUCUCAAUAUUCUACACCAUUUGAGCAUCAUAGACAAAGAACUGAAGUUCGGUAAUUAUGAUAAUCAUGUGUUCGAUAUCAAAGAUAAAUUAUUAAGACUAAAAAAGCGAUUCGACAAAGAAUAUCAUACGAUUUGCAUUGUCGGAUUAGAAAAGGCAGGCAAAUCGACAUUUAUCAAUGCACUGCUUGGUCAUGAGCUUCUUCCAACAGCGAGCGAACGUUGUACGCAGAUCCGUACUGUUAUUAAGCCAUUUCUUCAAACCAAUGAUGCUCAACUAUGCGCAAAGAUUCACUUUUAUGACGAUAAUCAUUUCCGUGUGCUUUUCGAGAAAAUGGCCAAGAAAAGCAAUGAAACCGAACAGCAGUUUCUUCAUCGUAAAGACGAAGUUUUACGGAAAAGAGAAAGUUUAAAAACGAAAUUUCCCGAAGAAAAUCUGUGUAUCGAUGCGCACAAUGAACGUGCGUCGUUCAUCAAACAACUAAAUGAUUACAUUACCGGAGAAGUGUAUGUGAACAUUGUUAAAGAAGUGGAGAUUUAUACAAGUAAACUUCCAGGAAAGAACUAUGAACUUCUCGAUGUCCCAGGCUUUGAUUCACCUAUCAAAGAACAUCGUGAUGCUGCUAUUGAAGCGAUUCGAUCCGCUGAUACAUUUCUUUUUCUUACCAGUGGCCAACAACCAAGCUUAACAGGCCCACAAAUUAAUCUUCUUCAAGAAAUUCAGCAGAAUCAUCUCGAAGCCAUGCAACGUGCUUUCGGAAUCAUCACCAAACUUGAUCUUUGCCAAACAGCAGCCAUGUAUCAAGAGCACUAUGAGAAAACAUUUGCCGAACUCAUAGAAAAGCGCUUCAAACCAGAUCGUAUCUACGCAACUUGUUCGCGACUUGAAAUUUCCAACGACAACUCCGAAGAAUUUCACGUCAUCUCUCGGAAACUGCAAAGCUUUGGUGAUAAUUUAACUGGUGGGUUCCAGCGAUGUCGAGAUAGUUUAAAUAAAUUCAUCGAAUGGGAUCUACCGAAAACACAUUUAAAGCAACUGAUUGAUGUGGGCAAAAUGAAACUGCUCCAGCUAAUUCACGAGCGUAUCGAAAAAAUCAAAGACAAACGAAUUUUGCCAGAAAAUCUGACAAGCAUCUCAAUCGAGGAGUACAUUACGCAAAAAACAAUGAAAGAUUGGGAUAAAACUUAUUAUAAUGAUUUCUUUCAACCAAUUUUCGAUCACGCGAAUUAUUGGCAUACGAUGAUUGUGACGAAAGAACGCGCGAUAUUUAUUGAAGAUGUUAAACAGAAGUUUCGUGAAACAUUUCAUGAUGUGACAAAGGAAUUUAUGCAGCAAAAGUUUCCUAUUGAACAAUUAGCCUGUGAACAAUACACAGCAUCAAAAUUACAGUUGAACAUUCAUCCUAUUGAUAAUCAAAUUCGAGAAAAAUUAACUUUCGAUUUGGAAAAUCAUAUGGACACAACGGCGAAAAUUCUCGCCGAAUAUUUAUAUUAUAAAUACAUUUGCGAAUUAGAAAAUAUUCUCAAUAAGAUAUCAUCACCCACACAAGAUCUAUAUCGAACGAAGUUAACAUUAGAAAAAUGCAUUUAUCAAGUUCAUGCAUUGGUUCUGAGAGUCUGUCGACCAGUCAUUACUGCAACUUUACGAUAUUCAUAUUUAGAUCUGUCUGCGAAACAAGACGCAAUUAAUGAAUUGAUUUACAUUGCGCCGACUGUUGCUUUCAACAUAGCCAAUAUUCCAGAUUCGGACGACAACGGUGAUUUGCUUGGAACACAAAUACUUGCGUCAGCAGAAUCGUUAGCUGAUAGAAGUGAAAUGACCACAUCGAUUAUCAGGACACUUUUUAAGAAUUUAAAAGAUAAAUACUUCAUGUUGAAUUAUAUUUUUGUGACUAAUGUUCGUCGAAAUCUUCACUCUGUCAGUAUGUAUUUCAGAUUUAUUGUACCUAUGUCGCAAAUAAUAACACCAAAGAAAGAAAAUGAACAUGAUUUUCUUGUCGUGUGGUUACACGAUGCAAUGGACAACGAUAAUGAAGACUAUCAAAACACACUUACACAACUUCGAUGCAUUACCACCGAAAUCCAUUCGUUCAUCGAUAGUGAUCAGUGCAUAGAAUUCAUUCUUGAUGAUACUGCUGACACGAAAGUAUAUCUGAUCGUUUCCGUACAAUCUGUUCAGCAUUUUGUACCAUGCAUUCAUGAUAUCUCACAAAUCGAAUCGAUCUUCAUCUUGUGCAACACUCAUAGUCAUAGUCCAGAUGAACAAUGGAUGAACAAAUGGUUCAAAGUAAAAGGUGUCUACACAGAUAUCGUAGAUAUUUGUCGACAAAUAGUGCAUCAGUAUGAAUACUGCACCAUGUCUCUGAGUUUUGUUUCUCCUACUAGAGGAUUAGAUCAGUUAGAUCCAUCAUUUAUGUACACACAAAUCAUCAAAGAAAUACUUCUCACCAUCAAAUUUGAGGAUAAACACAUCAAGGAAUUCGUUAAUUAUUAUUGUGAUGCAUUUGUAAAUAACGAAACCGAUCGGAAUAAGGUGAAACAAUUGGAAAAGAAAUACCAUCAGGAGUCGCCGAUUUGGUGGUAUACAACCGAGAGAUUUCUAUAUGGAAUGCUGAAUCGUGCAUUACGAGUGAUGGACGGUGAAGUGAUCACGUUGAUGGGUUUUUUCAUCAAUGAUCUUCAUCGACACAUUGAUCAAUUACACAAAAAACAAUUUGACAAUGGUUCUACCGUUGAAAACUUCACAGUUUGUCGUGGUCAAGGUUUGACAAAGAGAGAUUUUGAUGAAUUGGUGAAGUCAAAGGGCGGACUGAUGUCAUUCAAUAAUUUCUUGUCUACUAGUAGAAACAUUGAUGUCUCUUUACUUUUCGCUUCAGCGAAUGGAAUGAACGAGAACAUCGUAAGCGUUCUUUUCGUCAUGGAAAUCGAUCCUCAACGGUCGACGGUAGUGUUUGCUUCGAUUCGAGACAUCAGUCAGUUUCCACAGGAAGAUGAAAUACUCUUUUCCAUGCACAGCAUCUUUCGUAUACACGAUAUCAAGCCAAUGGAAGGGAAUACAAAAGUGCAUCAAGUGGAUUUGUCAUUGACGAGCGACAAUGAUGAGGAAUUGUGUACACUUACCGAACAAGUUCGUGAAGAAAGCUUCCCAAAUGCAGAAGGCUGGUUCAGACUGGGCUUAGUACUAGCUCAAAUGAAACAGUGUAAUACAGCUGAGCGCAUAUACCGGGCUCUAGCUGAUCAAAAUCCUGAACUUGAACAUGAGGCAUUCAUUAACAACCAACUCGGCUUGAUAAAACACAAUCAAGGACAGUAUGAGCAGGCACUUGUAGUUUUUCAGAAAUCUUUGAAUAUGUUACAAAGACUAUUUCCUCACAAUCAUUCUAAUAUCGCUUCAUCUUACAACAACAUUGCUUUAGUCUAUGCUGACAUGGGAGAUUAUCCAAAAGCACUUUCGGCAUUUGAAAAAAUUCUUAAAAUUCAACUACAAUCACUUCCUCCUGACCAUCUUGACAUUGCUACCUUCCACAACAAUAUUGGUACUAUGUGUAAAAACAUGAGUAAUUAUCCCAAAGCCUUUUCAUCACAUCAGCAAGCUCUCCAUAUUCGACAACAAUCGCUUCCUCCCAAUCAUCCGGACAUAGCUGAUUCGUACAAUAACAUUGGUAACGUGUAUGCCGCUAUAGGUGAUUAUCUAAAAGCACUUUCAUCAUACCGGCAAGCUCUUGAAAUUUACCAACAAUCACAACUUCCCAAUCAUCCGGACAUUGCUAAAUCGUAUAAUAACAUUGGCAGUAUAUAUAAAAAUAUGGGAGUUUACAAUAAAGCACUUGAAUCACAUGAAGAAGCGCUCAAAAUCCGACAGAAAUCCCUGCCUUCCAAUCAUCUUGAUAUUGCCACAUCGUAUAACAACAUUGGCAAUGUAUAUAUAGACAUAGGCGAUUAUCCGAAAGCUCUCUCAUCACAUCAAAAAGCGCUGACUAUUUGCAAACAAUCACUUCCUUCUAAUCAUCCUUAUAUCUCUGAUUCAUACGAUAGCAUCGGUAAUAUAUAUUCUAAUAUGGGUGAUUAUCCAGAAGCACUCUCAUCAUAUAAACAAGCGCUUGAAAUCCAACAGAAAUCACUUUCUUUGGACCAUCCUCAUAUUUCCGCAUCGUACAACAACAUUGGUAAUGCAUAUAAAGACAUGGGCGACUAUCCAAAAGCCAUCUUAUUCCAUGAACAAGCUCUUAAACUUCGACAGCAAUCACUUUCCCCCAAUCAUUCUGACAUCGCUGAUUCGUACAAUAACAUUGCAGUAGUGUACUCUGCUUUGGGUGAUUAUUCAAAAGCACUUGAAUUAUUUAAAAAAUCCCUCAAAAUCUGUCAACAAUCACUCCCUUCCAAUCAUCUGGAUACUGCUUCGUCCUACAACAAUGUCGGUGCUGUGUAUUUCGACAUGGGUGACUAUUCGAAUGCCUAUUUACAUUAUAUGAGGGCCCUUCAAAUUGGUCAGACAGCACUACCACCAACGCAUCCUCAUCUACAAAUAUACAUAAGAAACGUCGACGAAGCAAGAAACAGAUUGUGA